AUGGCCUCCACUGCAAACACAGUUUAUGUCGUGACAGGUGCAAACAGAGGCCUCGGUCUUGGAUUGACCAAACGGCUACUGGAACGCCCUGCCACCACCAUCGUGGCCUCAGUGCGCAGCCACAACGCAGCCACAAGUCUUAGGUCAGAUGUUGAGAGUGUUGCCGUGGGCAAAAAUAGUGCCCUCCACAUCAUCGAACUUGAUUUUUCAACUGCGAUAUCCCCUGAAGAUAUUACACAGGCCUUCUCCGCAGCAGUCAGUACAGUUACGCAUAUCGAUGUGCUCAUCUGCAAUGCCGGAUUCGCAACGCCCAUGACUCCGGCCCUAGUGACUUCGGCGAAAGACCUCCGUAAAUCGUUUGAAGUCAACACCAUCGCUCCUCUCCUUGUGUUCCAGGCCUUCUGGCCACUUAUGCAGAGAUCGGCUUAUGCCCCCAAGCUCAUGGUCAUCUCCUCCUCCGUCGGUUCGAUUGCUGAUCAGGAGCCUGUUCCCGGUGGGGCAUAUGGUCCCAGUAAAGCAGCCUCCAACUGGCUUACCAAGGCUCUUCAUGUUGAAAAUGAGAAAAAUGGUUUGGUUGCGUUUGCAAUGCAUCCUGGCUGGGUGCAAACCCGCGCGGGCGAUUUUGCUGCGAAGGAGUGGGGAUAUCCUGGUAACCCGCCGGUGACUGUUGAGGAUAGUGUCAAGGGAAUGCUUGGUGUUCUUGACAGUGCUACAAGGGAAAAUGUGUCGGGAAAGUUUAUAUCGGUAACUGAAGAUAUUUUGUCGUGGUAG